CUUUGUGGCUCCCUGACUCUACCUCUGCAGUCUGCUCCAGCUCCACCGUGCUGUGCUGGUCUCUUCUUUCUUGACUGAACCAGCCAGGGAAGAUGUCGUCCAACCCGUCCCCAGGAGCAGGGUCUGGACCCGGGGCCAAACCCAAAUCCCAGUCCCCCUUCAGGAAGAGGGGCAGCCUGCAGUACUCAACCAGCCCAUUUGACCCCCGUGGUGCCCGCCACCUCCUGACUUCCCAGCAUUCCUUGCCAGGGAUCCCCGUAGCGCUGAAACAGACCAUUGACCUACGCACCUCCAUGGACGGCAAGUACAAGGAGAUUGCUGAGGAGCUGUUCUCUCGCAGCUUAGCAGAGCGUGAUAUGCUCAGCGCCCCUUAUGAGUUCCCUGAAGACAGUCCCAUAGAACAGCUGGAGGAGAGACAACAACGACUACAGAGACAGAUCAGCCAGGAUGUCAAGUUUGAGCCAGAUAUCCUUCUGCGAGCCAAACAGGAGUUAAUGAAGACUGACAGCGCUACUGACCUAGAAUACCUGAAGGAGCAGAGCCAGGCAUUCAUGGACCUGUAUCCCAAGGAGAUGGAGCGGGAAGGAGAGAAGGAGUAUCAACGGGUCUCCAUCUCUGGAGAGGAGAAAUGUGGGGUUCCCUUCACAGACCUGCUGGAUGCUGCUAAGUGUGUAGUGAAGGCCUUGUUCAUCAGGGAGAAGUAUAUCGGCCUGUCCAUGCAGAGCUUCUGUCGGACCACAGCCAGCUACCUGGAGGAGCUCAGUGACAGACCUCUAGAUAUGGGUAUCUAUGAGGAGAUCCCGGAGACUUCUGUUACUGCAGACUUAGACCAGACGGUCCAUCCUCCUGUCUCCGCCACACACCCCUAUGAAAACCAGGACCCUGCCUGUAUGCCUCCUGAUAUAGGCUACGGCUGCAAGAUGCUAAACGGUGUCGUCCACAUCUACACAAAGAAGGACAGCAUGGACACGUCUACAGAGUUGGAGCUGCCCUACCCAGACCUAUCGGAGUACAUCGCUGAUAUGAACGUCAUGACGGCCCUCAUCAUCAACGGACCUGUGAAGUCGUUCUGUUACCGUCGCUUACAGUACCUGAGUUCUAAGUUCCAGAUGCACAUCCUGCUGAAUGAGAUGAAGGAACUGGCAGCUCAGAAGAAAGUUCCUCACAGAGAUUUCUAUAACAUACGCAAGGUGGACACCCACAUCCACGCCUCGUCCUGUAUGAACCAGAAACACCUGCUGAGGUUCAUCAAGAGGGCCAUGAAGAAGUAUCCAGGGGAGAUCGUCCAUGUGGAGAGAGGCAAGGGACAGACGCUCAUGGAGGUGUUCCAAACCAUGAACCUCACAGCCUUCGACCUCAGUGUGGAUACACUGGACAUGCACGCUGACCGCAACACUUUCCACCGCUUUGACAAGUUCAACGCCAAAUACAACCCCAUUGGCGAGUCCAUCCUGAGAGAGAUCUUCAUCAAGACAGACAACCAUGUAGAAGGGAAAUACUUCGGACACAUCAUCAAGGAGGUGAUGGCUGACCUGGAGGAGAGUAAAUACCAGAACGUGGAGCUGCGUCUGUCCAUCUACGGCCGACAGAGGGACGAAUGGGACAAGCUGGCCCAGUGGGCCGUCAAACACCAAGUCUACUCUAACAACGUACGCUGGCUGUUGCAGGUGCCACGACUCUUUGACGUGUACCACACAAAGAAGCAGCUGUCUAACUUCCAAGAGCUGCUGGAGAACAUCUUCAUGCCUCUGUUUGAGGUCACCAUCGACCCCACCAAUCACCGUGAGCUGCACCUCUUCCUACAGCACGUGGUGGGCUUCGACAGUGUGGAUGACGAGUCUAAACCAGAGCAUCACUGCUUCAACAUGGAGAGUCCUCUGCCAGCCAACUGGACUGAGGAAGACAACCCUCCUUAUGCCUACUACCUGUACUAUAUGUACGCUAACAUGACCGUGCUCAACCACCUGCGCAGGCAGAGAGGUUUCAACACCCUGGUGCUGCGCCCUCACUGUGGGGAGGCGGGGCCUAUCCAUCACCUGGUGUCAGGUUUCAUGCUGUCAGAAAACAUCUCCCACGGACUACUGCUUAGGAAGGCCCCUGUACUGCAGUACCUGUACUACCUGGCUCAGAUCGGUAUCGCCAUGUCUCCUCUCAGCAACAACAGCCUGUUCCUCAGCUACCACCGUAACCCUCUGCCCGAAUAUCUGUCCAGAGGACUCAUGGUCUCACUGUCCACUGACGAUCCUCUGCAGUUCCACUUCACUAAGCCUGCAACCAAUCAAUGUAUCUCUAACACACACUACUACUAUUUCCCACGGUCAUACACAGUCUGUUUGGAGGAAACCUUGUUUAAUCACCUGACAAGUUACAGUACUUUUCCUCAAUCCACUUUCUGUCCUCAGGUGAAGAGUUACUGGCUGGGCCCUCACUACAUCAAGGAGGGGCAGGAAGGAAACGACAUCCGACGCACCAACGUCCCCGACAUCCGUGUGGCGUACCGUUACGAGACCAUGUGUGAAGAACUCAACCUCAUCACCCAGGCCAUCCGCACAGACGAGCUGGAGGCCAUCACAGAAGAGGAAGGGAAUCUGUCUAUGGGGCCUGUCUAGGGGGAGAGAGUAGGGAGGUCUGUCUAUGGGGCCUGUCUAGGGGGAGAGAGGAGGGGAGUCUAUGUGGCCUGUCGAGGGGAAGAGAGGAGGGACAGAGAGGAGGGGAGUCUAUGUGGCCUGUCUAGGGGAUGAGAGGAGGGACAGAAAUGGGGGAGGUCUGUCUAUGGGGCCUGUCGAGGGGGAGAGAGGAAGGACAGAGAGGAGGGGAGUCUAUAAGGCCUGUCUAGGGGGAGAGAGGAGGGACAGAGAGGAGGGAGGUCUGUCUAGGGGGCCUGUCUAGGGGGAGAGAGGAAGGACAGAGAGGAGGGGAGUCUAUAAGGCCUGUCUAGGGGGAGAGAGGAAGGACAGAGAGGAGGGGAGUCUAUAAGGCCUGUCUAGGGGGAGAGAGGAAGGACAGAGAGGAGGGGGGUCUGUCUAGGGGGCCUGUCUAGGGGGAGAUAGGAGGGACAGAGAGGAGGUGAGUCUAUGUAUGGGCUCAU